AUGGCACGGCAGGGCACGGGGGCCCUUCUGGGCUCUGGGACUUUGGGGUUCCCACCCCAAAACCUGGCCCGUGUGGUGGUCUGGGAGUGGCUGAACGAGCACGGGCGCUGGCGGCCCUACUCAGCCGCUGUCUGCCACCACAUUGAGAACGUGCUGAAGGAGGAUGCCCGUGGCAGCGUGGUGUUGGGCCAGGUGGACGUGCAGCUGGCACCCUACAUCAUCGACCUGCAGUCCAUGCACCAGUUCCGGCAGGACACGGGCACCAUGCGCCCGGUGCGCAGGAACUUCUACGACCCCUCCUCAGCUCCGGGAAAGGGCAUCGUGUGGGAAUGGGAGAACGACAACAGCUCGUGGACGCCCUACGACAUGGACAUCUGCAUCACCAUCCAGAACGCCUACGAGAAGCAGCACCCCUGGCUGGACCUCUCCUCCCUGGGCUUCUGCUACCUCAUCUACUUCAGCAGCAUGUCGCAGAUGAAUCGGCAGACGCAGCGCCGGCGCCGGCUGCGGCGCCGCAUGGACUUGGCGUACCCUCUGACCAUGGGCUCCAUCCCCAAGUCGCAGUCGUGGCCGGUGGGCAGCAGCACGGGGCAGCCCUGCUCGUGCCAUCAGUGCCUCCUGGUCAACAGCACCCGCGCGGCAUCCAACGCCAUCCUGGCCUCGCAGCGCCGCAAGCUGUACGCCGGCACGGGGACGGUGCCGGUGCGGCAGAGCAGCACCUUUGCCGGUGCGACGUUGUGGCCAUCGGCGGGUGGCACGGCCAAAGGGGAGGCACCCAGGGUGCCUGCUGGGGCUUUUGGGUGCAGCCAGAGCACGCCCAGCACCGUGCAGCUGCCUGGCCUCAAUAACCUCAACCGGCCCGGCACGCAGCGGGGGGCUGGCAGUAGCGCCCGCACCGCAGUGCCCCCCGGGGUGCCAGCCCUCCCGGUCAAGAACCUGAAUGGCACCGGCCCUGUCCAUCCCGCCCUGGCAGGGAUGACGGGCAUCCUGAUGUGUGCUGCUGGACUGCCUGUCUGUCUGACCCGUGCACCCAAGCCCAUCCUGCACCCGCCGCCUGUCAGCAAGAGUGACAUCAAGCCUGUGCCUGGGGUCAGUGGAAUCUGCAGGAAGACCAAGAAGAAGCACCUCAAAAGGAGCAAGAACCCUGAGGAUGUGGUGCGUCGCUACAUCCAGAAGGUGAAGACCCCUCCGGAUGAGGACUGCACCAUCUGCAUGGAGCGGCUGGUCACCUCCUCGGGCUACGAGGGCGUCCUGAGUCACCGCGGCAUCAAGCCGGAGCUGGUGGGCAAGCUGGGCAAGUGUGGGCACAUGUACCACCUGCUGUGCCUCGUGGCCAUGUACAACAACGGCAACAAGGACGGCAGCUUGCAGUGCCCCACCUGCAAGGCCAUCUAUGGGGAGAAGACAGGCACGCAGCCCCCUGGGAAGAUGGAGUUCCACCUCAUCCCCCAUUCCCUCCCGGGCUACACUGACUCCAAAACCAUCCGGAUAGUCUAUGACAUCCCCACCGGCAUCCAGGGUCCAGAGCACCCCAACCCUGGCAAGAAGUUCACGGCACGCGGCUUUCCCCGGCACUGCUACCUGCCUGACAACGAGAAGGGCAGGAAGGUGCUGAAGCUGCUGAUCGUGGCGUGGGACCGGCGGCUCAUCUUCACCAUCGGCACCUCCAACACCACGGGCGAAUCAGACACGGUGGUGUGGAACGAGAUCCACCACAAGACCGAAUUCGGCUCCAACCUGACGGGUCACGGCUAUCCCGAUCCCAACUACCUGGACAACGUCCUGGCCGAGCUGCUGGCGCAGGGCGUCUCUGAGGCCACCCUCAAGGACUGAGCCCACGGUGAGGGGCUCCCCGCCGUCCCCUCGGCCCCGUGUCACCGUCCCUGCUGCUUCGCCGCCGGCCCCGCGUGGGUUCAUCCCCCGGUGCCACCCGCCGCGUGUCCCCGUCCCCUGCCCGGCCUCCAGCAGCGCGGUGCUUUCCUCUCCGCCCACCCGGUGCCCCACGGAGCCGCGUGCAGCCGGUGCCAUGUGUACGUCUCUGUGUUACGGAAUACACCGCAGCGUCCCGGCUUCCCCGCGUC